AUGUUUGUUUAUAACAACAACAACAACAACAUCAUCAACUUAUUGUUGGUUGUGUCAUUGGCGGUCACUCUUGUUGUGGCCGAUACUGGAGUGGACACUGGCGCCAAAUGUGAGCCAUACUUUGGCAACAGCCAAUGCGACGGAUUAUUGCUUUCCCCAGAGUCUGUAUAUGUACCAGGUGGAUAUACUCAAAAGACAUUGUUGGACGCGAUGAACUUUAAGGUGGCAGCAUUGACAAGUCAGAAUACUUGUAAUGUUUCAUCAUCAUUUAUUUCGAGUUAUGUUUGUAACGCUGCAUUCAGACCUUGCACUAAUGUGACGACCAAUCCAUCGGUGGCAGGCUUUGCCUCGCUGGGAUUGUUCCACGGUGCAUGCUACACUGACUGUAUGAGACUGUCGGACGAGUGUCAACUCAGCUCCUUCUUGUUGAACUGCAAUGCCACGCGCCCCAACUCACAGAUCUAUGAGAAUCCCGAUGGACCAAACGUCUACAACCUCACCUCACUCGGUGGUUCCGACCCCUAUCCAGUAUCCUGUUUCCUCAACAACUUCACUACCAACGGUACAGUUGGAUUCACAUGCCCAUCUCAACUGGUACCAAGGAACUCGACAGGAGAGGAUAAAGAGAGAGAUAAGAAGAAUGGAUACUUCUUUGCAGGCAAUCUACCUUGUGUAUUCAAGUGUCCAGCACCUAUUUAUACGCCACGCCAAUGGAAGUCAUUCUAUAACACUAUCUAUGUGACCACCACCAUAUCAUUCAUAUGUACAUCGUGGACGAUCAUAACCUACCUGUUUGUCAAUAGGAAGCAUGACAGACAUUCGAUCUGUUUGGUGUUCAUGUCGUUUGGACUCUGGCUGAUAUCCAUCACUGACUUUAUCCUGAUUGGUCGUGAGGGCUACACCGUCAUGUGUCCCGAGCCUGGUCGUUUUGCCACCCAGUCCGACCCGUACUGUGCGGCCACCGCCUCCAUCUUCCAAUACGGCGCUGUCACUGCCAUCUCCUGGUGGACAAUCAUGACCUUUGACUUGUGGAUCCUGUUGCGCAAGGUCAAAUCACAAAAGUCCUACCAACUAUACUAUGUUAUUGCGUUGACCUUGUUGGCUAUAUUCUUCACUGUUCUCCCAGCUGGACUGAAGGAGUACUCUGCAGGUUUUGGUCGUAUAGGAUGUUGGAUUGGCGACCUUAAGGCCUUGGAUGGAUUGUUCUGGGCACCAUUCACAUUAUGUCUAAUCAUUGGAUCAGUGUUCAUGAUCAUGGUCCUCGUUGAGAUUUAUAAAGUUAUCAUCAACGUUGACAAUGGAAAGAAGAAGUCAAAGAGGAUUGUCAAGUAUAACUUGAAGCCAUUCUUGAUUCUGUUCAUAUUGUUUGUGGAGUUUAUCUUCUUGUUUGGAUACUCAUUGUACACACAGACUCAUCAGAGCGAGGUGGAGGCAGCUCUGACAGUAUGGGUACGAUGCCUGAUCGAGUCACCAACGCCAGACACCUGCACGGUCAACCCUCUGCCGUACGGCGCACACUUCUUCUACUUCUUCUUUGUGCGUCUGCUCGGCAUUGAGCUGGUGGUAUUCUACGGCAUCAACCAACGCGCCAAGAAGAUCUGGUUCAAGUCGGUGUUCUUCCACAACAAGUUCUACUCGGUCAGUGCCUUGACCACCGACAGGCGUUCGUCCAACUCCAGCGGCAACUCAAGCAACAGCUACGACAGUCGCAGCGUCAAGAUGUCUGGCAGAGCCGAGAGUUACGAUACUUCUGGCGUCGAGCAGAACAAUGAAUCGAGACAAGUCUAA